AAUUGUGUUGCUAUUUGAAAUGUUAAUGAAUUGCUUGCCUGGCCAAUUGCCAUUUGUUCCAGUGUGUGAGAGAGAGAGAGAGAGAGAGAGAGAGAGAGUGUGUGUGUGUGUGUGUGUGUGUGUGUGUGUGUAAAAGAGAGACGAGUAGCAGGGGUGGGAUUGCAUUUUUUUUUUUCCCUCUUUGCAGCCAGUGACGUGAGCUGUGCCUGGAACAAUCAGACUCGCUGCAAACAGGGUAGUUGAAGAUGCUGGGGGAGGCAGGCUAAAGCGGCUCACAGCGCUUGGGAGCUGCUCAGGCACAACCAGCUGAGCUCCUCCAAGCGUUACAGCCUUGUCACGGGUGGAAAGUGCCUUUUGAUUUCUCCAUACCCCUUCCCUAGUGGACCUUCAAAAUGAUUGGCGUGAAUAGUGUUCAGAGUACCAGCAAGGUACGGGUGAGGACUUCAGGUUCUGUGAAAUAUUCCCGGGAGGAUUCUAUCCGGCGGCAGUCCCACAGGUCAAAGUCUAUGAAAAUUUCCAACUCCUCAGAGUUUUCUGCUAAGGAGACCAAGGCUCUGUACAAUUCAAUCAAGAAUGAGAAGCUUGAAUGGGCAGUAGAUGAUGAAGAGAAAAAAAAAUCUCCCUCAGAAGGUACUGAUGAAAAGGCUAAUGGAACACAUCCAAAGACCAUCAGUCGUAUUGGGAGUACGACUAACCCAUUUUUGGAUAUUCCUCAUGACCCAAAUGCUGCUGUGUACAAAAGUGGAUUCUUGGCUCGGAAAAUCCAUGCAGAUAUGGAUGGGAAGAAGACUCCAAGAGGAAAGCGAGGAUGGAAAACCUUUUAUGCUGUCCUGAAGGGAACAGUCCUUUACUUGCAAAAGGAUGAAUAUAAGCCAGAAAAGGCCUUGUCCGAAGAGGACUUGAAAAAUGCCGUGAGUGUGCACCACGCCCUGGCAUCCAAGGCCACCGACUACGAGAAGAAGCCCAAUGUGUUUAAACUUAAAACUGCCGACUGGAGGGUCUUGCUUUUUCAAACCCAGAGUCUGGAGGAAAUGCAAGGAUGGAUAAACAAAAUCAAUUGUGUUGCAGCUGUGUUUUCUGCACCUCCAUUUCCAGCUGCCAUUGGCUCCCAGAAGAAGUUCAGCCGCCCACUUCUGCCUGCCACUACCACAAAAUUAUCUCAGGAGGAACAGCUGAAGUCCCAUGAAAGCAAGCUGAAGCAGAUUACGACCGAGCUGGCUGAGCACCGCUCAUAUCCCCCUGACAAGAAGGUUAAAGCCAAGGAUGUAGAUGAGUACAAGCUGAAAGAGCACUACCUGGAGUUUGAGAAAACCCGUUAUGAAAUUUAUGUCAGCAUUUUGAAAGAAGGAGGCAAGGAGCUCCUGAGUAAUGAGGAAAAUGAGGCUGCAGGACUGAAGAAGUCUCACUCAAGUCCUUCACUGAACCCAGAUUCUUCUCCGAUCACCGCCAAGGUCAAGCGUAACGUGUCAGAAAGGAAGGACCACCGACCUGAAACACCAAGCAUUAAGCAAAAAGUUACUUAGAAUCCGUCUGUGGCCAGGAAGUGCUGGUCAUGGAGCAAAAUAGGGUUUUUCAAGAUCUUUCUGGUAAUCCGUGAAUACAUUAAAAAAAAAAAGUCUGUGACUACAUGGUGCAUUAGUAACUUUUUAUAUUUGUAUAUUUUUGUUAGUUUCUGUAUAGAUUGUCUUUGCUCUUGGUUUCUUUGCUUUGAUGAUUUUUUGCAACUUGCUAACUAAUGCACCUUCUUGUGAGGGGCAGAGGAUCGUGAUUUCAGAAUGAAUUACGUAUCCCUUCUCCUUUGGUUUUCUCUUAUUUGCACUCUGCUGGUUGUUUUAUGUGUUUUCAGUCAAGUGUUAUCUUUUUUUUAAGUUGAAAACUUUACUCCAUUGUGAAACACUUAACUGGACAGACAUUGUGGUUUAGUAAAUUCUAGCCAGAGUUCAUAUAAGCCUUUAUAUGUGAAUUCCCGCCCAGCCGGAGAGGUAAAGUUGAGUACUAGGGUUGCUCACAUAAGCAUUCCAGUGCUGGGAGUCACGGAGUCCCGUGUGAUGCAGCCAUGCAUCAGUGUUGAGUUCUGACCCCGCUGGAAGCAGGGUAAUGGGGGCUUGAGAUGGCAGGACUAGAGAACUUAGGGAAGCAGGUUAACAUGCUUGAAGUGUGGGUUCCAUUGUAGCCAAGCAAGGGAAAGAAAAAAAAUAGAGUGACAUCAAGUUAAUGUUGUCUUCUAAAGGACAGUGGCAAUAGUUGACUUGGGGAGCUGCAGCAGUGGAUGUGCAUUUGGUCUUUGGAAAGAUGUUACCUCACUCCCACAGGGUCUAAACUAGAAACUCAGAAUCAUCUCUACCCAUGAUACCCUUCCAUGCAGGAAUAGGUUGUUUUUCACUCUACACACACAUAUGGAGGAAUGGGGUCAUCCCCUGGUUGUAAGAAAAUAUUGUUGAAAGUAGAAUCCCUUUUGUUCUUUCCUUAAGUCAGGACAAAACAAGGCAGAAACAAGCUGCAGUUCUUCAGCAAUGCAUAUUUAUUCUGUAAACUAAAUCUGAAAGUAAUAGACUGGAUGAAUUGUGGUUGGAAAAGGGACAAAUUUGCCAGUUGCAUAUGCAGAAUUUUUUAGUUUAUUCUUAUCUCAGUCUCUUAGAUAGCCACUUCACUCUAUCACUAUUAAACUUGCUCCUAAAUAUUCUUUGUCUUUUUUAAAUCAUUUCUUUCUGUGUACUCGAAAUAGUUCUAUUUACCUUAUAGUCACAAGCUUGCUCCAGUGGCAGUCCCUUUGUAAUUCAGGGUAAUAAGCAAAAUACUCUUUUAUAUAGGAAGAGAAAGGAGUGAAAGCUGAACCCUCUGUGACAUAAAGUUUGGAUUUCUAACCUUGAAGCUCUCUAUUCCCUAAGGCUGUCAUCUUCCCAAACAGCACAACUUUAAAACUAAUGGGAUCACUUUGAAUAUGUUUUCUUCCCAUAGAAAUUUUCUCUACUUCUAUUUAGUUUAUUUGUUAAAGGUACUAUGACCAAAGAAUCUGCUGCUCUGCAUGAAUAGCAUGGUUCAGGUGAAUUAGCAAAAACCUGCUAGAAAACCAUGGUAGUUUCUAGUGAUAUAUUGUUAGGAUGUGUUAGCCUACUAUAGUUACGGACUGUUUAUUAACGUUUACUUCCUUUACCUAUAUAUAUAUGUCCAAAUUGGCUGGUACCCAAGGAAGUGUAGCCCCUCUUCAAAGUUGUGGUAUUUUACCACACCUUUAAGAAACUUCUCCUUGUUUCUUGUUUAGGUACUGGAAAUGACUAAAUCUUUGUUUAAGAACCGUGAAACAAACAUGAUAGUUGCCAAUGUGGUCUCUCUACCUGAAUCAUUUUUGUCACUUCUUAACUAAAUCCACAAGCAAAUUCCCUUUCUUCCUAAAAGCUCAAUUAUCAGUGUUCAUUUUUCUGCCUACAUAUUUGUACUAGUCAAGGGGAGAGAGGUACCGAAACCCUGUCAUCUAUGAGCAUCAAUGCCUAAAGAACAGGUACUGUGUGAAUGUGUUCGCCCACUGUGUGUGUAUGUAUAUAAAAUGUUUGGGUGUAUUUUCCUUAGAGUAUGUAACAUGCAUUGGAUGGUACCUUGCUGCAGUAUUUCUGACAUUUGGAGUAGUCUUGAAAUACUUGGUGAGCAUCUACUAUAGGACUCACUCCAUGUUGGCUCUAGGACUUCUGGACGUGCUCCUAGAUAAUCAGAUGACAAGGGCCCUGUAGAAGCUGCAGAAUGCCAUGUCUGCAUCAUUUUUCUUUGAAAACAACCUUAAUGUUCUUUUGUGAGCCAGGAUCUCAGACUGCCCUAGUGCAAUGCUAUCCGUCUUCAGGGGCUAGGCUGAAACCGCCUUUUCCCUGCAGCCUCUGGAAGCAUGCCGUCUGCUAUCACUGCGCGUAGCAGGCCAAGAGUGUAUCCUGUGGGAGGAAAUGGCCGCUGAUCUGACUGAAUUCUGAAAGUCUAGUCCAUAGCCAGCCACCCUUUUCCUUUGUGACCACUUCUUUCCUCUGGCAUCAGAAAUGUGGAAGGCAAUUGCUUUCACUACACCAAGACGGUUGCCCAAUUCACGGUACAGGGAGUUCUCCCCUCUCCUUUCCUCCAGAAGGUACACCACCAACCCCCUUCCCACUCCCACUUCUCACUCCUACCUUAGGGUCUGGGAGCCUUGGAGUGUCUGUCCAUGUAGUAAAACAUUAUUCCUCUUUGUAUAAAUACCUUUAAUAAUAAUUUUUAGUGCAGAGAAUCUUGAUAAGUCAACAAAAGACCUUGGUGAUAGUCUUGCUGCAAAAUUGACCACAAAAGUAGCCCAAGCGUGAAAUCUAUAAUAUUUGGUUUACCCCUAACUUACAUGCUGGCGUUUACAGGGAGGAAUCAGAAUUUAGUUACUGGCAUGAAGAGUCCUUAUUUUAUUGCCAGACCAUAGCAUUUCUGAAAUGUACUCUUUAAAAACAUCAUUUACCUAACUCUUAGUCUAAUUAAACCCAGCAUUACUUUUGUGCAUUUUAACUAAUCUCAGUAAAACCAACAUGUGGGGGAGUCCUCUGAUAGAAAUAGCUCCUGGAUUAUAUGUAACUUUUUUAAUUGCUCUGAGGUAAAGCGGAUAGAAGGCAUUUUUCUCAUGCAGUAGCCUGUGCUUAUUUGCAAUGCUCUCUUUGCUGCUCCAACCCGAUCAGAAGAUAAGAACUAUUUCUAAGGCAGAAGUGACAGGAGGGAACUAAUUCUGGAAGAAAAUCUGGCUGGCUUUCCAAGGCUCAGCUAGGUUGUGUUUCACCCAAAGACCAAACCACAGAACUUCUGAAGUUGGGGGAGACGGGAGACGUUACGUAACUGGUAAGGAACGAGGCCUUUGCUACCUAAGCGUAGUUACACAGGCCCUCCUUUGCCUAAUACUCCCUUAUCAUGUAAAGAACCAGGAAGAUGUUCAGAGAUAAAGGCAGGACCUGUUUUUUUCCUGAGAUGCACCUCUUCUCUGCCCUUUUACAGUCUGAAAGAAAACUGACCCUCUACAAGUCAGUUUCUCCAUUGUCUUGCCCUCAAGACCUUCCUGUGUUCAGUUAGUUGUCCUUGGAAUUUGAAAUGUUUGGCAUGUUUUCUGGUAGUUAAUAGCUUAAAGUUAUUUCAGCCUCAGUUUACAGUAAAUGUCUUAGAUCUGUAGGUUGAAAUCUCUGUAGUUAGCUUUUGUGGAUUCAGUCAAGUUUUUAGCAGGUUAAUAGCCACCUUCCUUGAUUUUAGCAAAGAACAAUUCCUUCACUUUCAAAUGACAGGAUUUUUCCUAGUUUAAAAACUAGCACUGUAAACCCAAGAACCAAUGUGGCAUCCUCGCACUGGUUCAAAGUAAGCUCAUUCAAGAAUGGCGGUGCGACUUUGGGUGUAAAUAGGAUCUGCUUUUGUUUCAGAACAUCGGGUCUAAGUUACUCAGAUAGGAAGAAAGGUGAGCCUGUAGGCCUCCCUUGCUCCUUUUCAUUCACAUAGGCCAGGUUGGUGGUUGGCCCCAGGUCAGCAGAUCAAUCUCCACCCUUCUUUUGACAUCUUAUGCCAUCAAGUCAUCCAGAGGACUUUGGAGAUCACCAUAGAAUAAUCCCAGUAUAAAUUGUUGAGAGAGAUAGAGAGGUAUUUUGUUACAGUUUCUGCUGUCGGGUUCCUUUCCAUUCCUCACCCUUGAAAAGAGGUUUGAAGUCCAAAGUCAUCCUCUUCUUGUACCUACAGUAUCCAGAAUUCAAGCAGGCAGCCUUCUGCAUAGGACAAUAACUGACCCAUUAUAUGUCUUCAUAGAGAAAAUGUCAAUAAAUACUUGAAUUUGCAUGAUAGUUUUUUGACUUGAAUGCAACAGCAAGGAAAUAAUUGCAAGUUUGUUGUAUAUACAGUAGGCUUCCUUAGGUCACCUUGGUGCAUCCUUUGUAAUUUAUGUGUGAUCUGUUGUAUUGCAGGCUUUUGAAGAAUAUUUGUGCAGAUAGUAUGUCAGAUUUCAAAGAAAAUGCUUUCUGUCACCUUCCAUUGUAUUUGUGGCCAUUAUGAUUGUAUGUGUAUAUGCAUCAGUGUGUAGGUGUAUCAGUAUAUGGUAUAUGUACAUUGAAAUUAUUUUAGUCUUUAAUGACCAGUGUGUUAUGAAAAUCAAGUAAAAACCUCAUAGGAUUGAUUGUAUAGUACAACUGAGAGUACAUAUAGUGGUAUUGUUUUUAUUACAUUUCAAUUCAAAUGAUAUUUUGAUUAAAUUUUAUGGUAGAAAAUUUCAUCUUCGAGCUUUGAAUCACCAGGGCAAAAAUGACUUUCAACUAACCUUGUGAAUCUGUCAAAGUAUACAGUGUGCAAUACCGAGGGGGUAGCUCAUUGUAAUUUAGGAAAUACAGAAAAUAAAGGAGGGGAAAAGCCGGCUGGUGCAGUCUUAGCAACUUUAGUGUUAAGAGCACUUAAAACAUAAAGUUUAACUGACAGUUUGGGGCUUAUUACAAAAUGUGAUGCUUUAGAGCACACGUUCUUUAUUGUUGUAAUUAGUCCAGAAAAUACAGCUUUCAGAAGAACUAAGUAAGUCCUCAGCAUAUCAUUUAUGUACCUAUGUGUAUUUAACAGUAGAUCAAAUCACUUCCUGGUGCCGUACCCUACCUUCUUUGCUUUAAAGGAAUAUCACAAAUGCUGAAGUAUAUCAGGGCAUCGCAAGAUCGGGUACUGUAUUCCAGGUUUGCAGUUGCACAGAUUAGCAGCUAGUGUCACAAGUAAAAAGGACAUUAGGACCAGGUUAAAACUUUAUUUAAUAUUUUUAUACUUAGGUCUCUUUUUGCUGCCUCUCCCCAAAGAAGAGCCACUGGCCUUAGUUGUUUGACCUUUAUUGCUUAUAUUAUAGAGUGUAAAUAAAUAACUAGAGAUUACAUUUUUAUUAACUAGCAUGUUUGGUGUAUCUAAAGCAGCGAGUGAGUGUGUUUGAGUGCGUGGUUGAGUGCAGUGUCUUUUGUUUGAACGUGCUGCCGUCUUGUCUUUGUAUCUGAUUCAGAGAAUUGGAAUUGUGGGUGAGAUACUCAGUCUUCAGCUCCAAGCUGCAGUAGUGUGUUGGUAGUUAUACUUGAGUUUGCUUUUUUUUUUAAUUGACUCUACAGUCUCAAACUAUUUUUGCAAAUAUAUCAUAGUUCUUAAUUUGUUCUUGACAUAGAGUGGACUAGCUCUGCAACUGAUAAGCAGGGUCUUAGUUCUGCAAAAGCAUUUCUUUCUAUGAAUUAUUUGUGGUUUUCAGAAACAGCUAUUUGAUUCAGAAAUCAUAUAGCAAAGGAGUAGUAGAAAUGAGUUUUAUUUUGGGCCUUAGUUAUUUAAAAUGUUUGUACUUAGAAAGCCAUGGAAGUUAUAAAGCCAAGUAACCAUUUGACAUGAUAAUAAUAUACACUCUAUAGAGAAUAUAUACGCACAUUGAUUUUUAAUGCUUUUAGAAUAGUUUUAUAAAGGUAUAGAAGCAAGAGUAAGUAGACCAAAUUGAAGUGGAGGAGUGUGCUGGCUGCCUUCCAUUCUGGUUAGCUAUGUAUGUGUUCAAUCUUCUGCUCUUAAGAGAUUCAGAACCAGUUUACUGUCCCCUUGGGUGCAUAAGGGGAAAGAUGGUGCAUCUGGGACCUCAUCUGUGUACACUUCCGUGCACACACAGUGAAUGCUUUAAGUUAUACAAACUUAUGACCUUAAAGACACGAGGGCCAGAGUAUUCUAAAGAGGUGAUGAACAAAGAAGGUGGAAACAGGUGUUUUCUGAGGACCAUGGAGAAGUGUGGUUGAACUCUGGUGUCUGACUUUGAGAGGCGUUACAUUUUUAACAAAGAAGUGAAGGGAUGCAUGCCACGUCCAUCCUGGUCAAUCACCGACUUGAAGGCUUUCUCGUAACUUAUGAGCAGCAGCUUUCCAGCAUCCCUCAGUAGCCUGUGUGAAGCUGCAGAAAGCUGGUGUGCACCUGUGUUCCAGAGUGGUGGGGCUGCUUGCUCUGUAGAUCAUUCCUUUGAGAAGGGAGUGCAAAUGGAGAAGCCACAUAGCACUUACAUAGGAAACACUAGAUAUGUAGAUUGUCCACCCUCCCUCCUGAGCUGCACUGGUGAGACAGCUCACACUGAAUGGUUGAGCACUUUUCCAUCAGCAAGGAUCCUGAGGAUGGAAGUGGGAGGGAACCUAGCUAAAAUACAUGUCCCUUUGCAGGGUGGAGGGCUAAGUCCUCACUCAUUAGAAAAAGAAGCACCUUAACUUCAAUUCCUGAAAACGUUGGUUAGUGGAGAGAAUUUUGGAGUUUCACUUACUAUUUUCCCAUCAGUCUGUGUAUGUCUUCGGACACUCAUAGGAAAGUCCCCAGCCACAGGCUCUGUGAAAGGACCGCACUGCAGGUGUGAGGCUCACUGCUCUGAGCACCAGAGCCCUACAGAAAGAGAGAAUGCAUCUCUCUGGAGCUUCUUCCCUGGCCUUCUACUCCACUUGGGCUUCUGCUGAGCAUACAUCCUGGGUUCCAAAUGCUUUAGGAAUCCAGCUGGCCUAGGGGGCUGACCCUACUGAGGCAAGAAGCCAACUCUGAGAGUAACAAGGUGGCCAAUGAUAAGAUAAUGAAAAACAUCCUCAGCCUGAAGCAAUGGUCACAUAUUUUUGCCUUUGAAAGAAAAAACUGGCAAAUUGAACAAAUUGUAACCAGAGUUGGGUAAUGUCUUUGCCUUUGCCCCCAGAUUUCUGAAAUGGUUCAUACUGCAUUUCUGUGAAAAGGGUCAAGGAAUAUUAAAGUUGCUUAGCAAUUCUGCUCUGUCCAGAUGAGAGCUGUGGGAGAAAGGCCUCCAUGCCUCCCUGCCUUCUCUUCUACCUCAAGUUUUAGGAACCCAUUUCUAGAACAGAAACUUGCACAAGUGGAGAACCACUGUUGUCAGCCUUGGUUACUGUGGGGCUCAAUGAAGGGUGGUAGCUUGUAUCUUUUAAUAUAAAACAAGAUAUGAACUUUUCCAACCUAUUAACUGGAUUACAUUCACUGUGGCUCAAACUGAUUGGCAGUGUGGAACAUUCCUUUACCUUCAAAGUUUUCUCUACCAAUCAUUUCAGUUUCAUUGCAGUCCUGGUGCCAUAUGUCCCCUGCAAAUUGUGAAAGUAAUUAGUGACAAAAUAGCAGCCUACUCCUUUUCAGUGGCCAAACUGUCAGCAUUGGCAGACUUGGGUAAGCUAGUGGUACCAUAUCAUGUAUUGGAAACUUGUUCCUUAUUAUCACCCACCAGAUUCUAGAAAUGCUAUCUCAAACUGUGGCAUUUAUGGUGGUCGUCUUUUGAACGGAACAGUAAUUUAUGUGGAUAUUGUUGAAGUGUUUAAAGAAUAUUUUGAAAAUUAAGUUUACAUUUUACAAUUGCUUUAUUUUUUAUUAAAAUAAUUGUAUAUAAAUAUUACCCUAUUUCACUGUUAUUAAAGUAAACCUAAACCUUGUAGACGAGUGGGUCACCUGAUAUGUAUAGAAGCUGUGAUAUAUAUAUAGUACAUUUCUCUAUUGUGUAAAUGUUCAUGAAGAUAACUGUUCCUGUGUUUUUAUAAGUUGGGGAUAUUUUGUUGUUUUACAACAACAAAAUUAAUUGCAUUUAAA